AGCUAAUUUAGUGAGUCACAUGAAGUUACAUACACAAGAGAAGCCAUACAACUGCGAGAUUUGUAACAAGGCUUUUUCGCAGAGAAAUCGUCUAGGGAGUCACAUGAGAGUCCACACAAAAGAGAAGCCGCACAGCUGUGACAUUUGCGACAAAGCCUUUUCACACAAAAGUAGUCUAGAGAUCCAUAGGAGAAUACAUAGAAAGGAGAAGCCCUACAGCUGUGAGAUCUGCAGCAAGGCCUUCUAUGCGAAAAGUCAUGUAGUAAGGCACAUGAGAGUACAUACAAAAGAGAAGCCAUACAGCUGUGAGAUCUGCAGUAAAGCCUUCUCUCAGAAAAGUAAACUAGGAAGGCAUAUGAGAAUGCAUAGAAAGGAGAAGCCAGAUUUGCAAUAA